CAUACAAAUAAAAAGCAUUAAGAAAAAAAUGUUCUGAAAGAAUUAUGCAGGCAGUGGAAGGUGCAGGCUUGCACAAAGCACCUGAGCUCUUCUCUGAGAGCAUGGGAGAGAUUUUGAACCUCAGUGUGUGGGCAACACCGAACAAGAGUGUAAUACACCUGCACGAGUUCAGCAGUCUGGAAGACAUCGACCUGAGCGCAGAUGGAAGUCUUAUACUGAGGGUCAUCAUUUCGUCGGUUUACGCGGCGGUGUGCGCUACAGGGCUGGUCGGCAACCUACUCGUCUUCUUCCUGAUGAAAACGAAGCUAGGGAAGAGGAGGAGGAAGAGAUCCGCGAUCAACUUUUUCGUCGUCAAUUUGGCCGUGACCGACUUCCAGUUCGUGCUCACGCUGCCGUUCUGGGCUGCGGACGCGGCGCUGGAUUUCAGCUGGCCCUUCGGUAAUGCCAUGUGUAAGAUCGUGUUGUCGGUCACAGUGAUGAACAUGUACGCCAGCGUGUUCUUCCUCACGGCCAUGAGCGUGAGUCGGUACUGGUCGGUGGCAUGCUGCGUGAGAGGUAACGGCGCGCGGCGCAGGUUCACCUCAGUCAAGCUCGUGUGCGCAUCGCUUUGGGUUCUCGCGAGCGUCGCCACGGCGCCCACGUCCGCCUUCUCCACGGUGACAGUGGUGGCCGGGGAAAGACUGUGUCUCCUCCGCUUCCCUGACGGCCACCACUGGCUCGCGCUCUAUCACCUCCAGAAAGUCGUGCUCGCCUUCAUUUUGCCCAUGAUCACGCUGUCCAUCUGCAACGCGCUACUUUUGCGCUUCGUGCGCCGCAGAAUCGUCGCGAACAGCAGCCGCCUGAGGAGACGGUCCAGAGUCACCAAAUCCGUGAUUGUCGUCGUCCUUUCUUUCUUCGUUUGCUGGAUGCCGAAUCACGCUAUUACUCUUUGGGGAGUGCUCGUGAAACUUAACGCGGUGCGCUGGGACAAAACGUAUUACAUGGUCCACACGUACGUAUUCCCGCUGACGAUUUGCCUCGCACAUGCGAACAGCUGUUUAAACCCGGUGUUGUAUUGCUUAAUGCGAAGGGAGUUCAGGAAGAUGCUGAGGAACCUGUUCUGGAGAGUUUACUCGCCUGCUGGCACAAAAGUGCGUGGCUCUGGAGGUGCCGUGGACCGAGAAUCCGUGUAG